UUCUAUAAAAAGCAGGCUUUUCACCUGUCGCUCCAACAGCGUCCAACAACUGAGUGAAGCCUUUGGGACAAGCGGAGGGGACCAGAAAGCCACAAAUAUCCAAGCAGGACCCUUCUCCUGUAGAGAGAGAGAAAGGCAGGAGCAGACGCUGACGAUGCCGCCUCUCCAAAUCAUCCUGCUUCUGUAUCUGUUGGGAAUAUUUCCAGGAGACCAUCUGGCCUCCAGUCUGCCCCUCCAAAGGAGAGACCUCUUUGCUGUUAAGGUGGCACCACUCGACAUGGCCCUGACUUCUUUUGAUGACCAGUACAAAGGCUGUGUGGAAAUGAUGGCCGCCGAGCUAGAGGAGCUGAACCGCACAGAGUUCGCCAACAACUGGGUCUACGCCGAGGCCUGGCAAGAGGCAGCCUCCCGGUGGCAUGAGAAGAAAGACUCCCUCUUGCCACCUGGAGGCCUGAAGCCGGAGUAUGGCAUUGCGCUCAUGGCCUACACCAUCCAAGGGCGUUUCCACCAGGAUUUCAAUAAAGCCGUAAGAGAAGCCGGGCGCACCAGAGACUCCUACCUCAACCACUUCCACUUCAAGGCCUUUCAUUUCCUCCUGACCAGGGCCCUUCGUGCUCUGCGGACCACCGCUGAGCCCCGGUGCCAGAAGGUGUUUCGUGGGGUUCGAGGAGUCCGUUUCGUCUCUGAACGCCUAAAGCCCGUCCGCUUCGGACAAUUCACGUCCUCCUCGCUGAAGAAUGGCAGUGCCCUGCAGUUUGGGAAAGACACCUUCUUCACCAUCGAGACCUGCCACGGCGUCAACAUCAAGAACUACUCCUUCUUCCCCGGAGAGGAGGAAGUGCUGGUUCCUCCCUUUGAGAAGUUCAAGGUUGUCAACUUCACCAAGGCGCCGGACACGACCUUCAUCCACCUCCGCUCCCUGGAAGACUCCAGCAUCUACAACUGUGUUUUUGUGAAAGAAAGGAGGUGCAAAACCCAACGGUGCAGUUUCGGCACAGAUGGAAGCCUGAGCCAUUGGUCUGCUAAUGUACAAACACCCUUCCUUCUCUGGGGAUUUCUCCUCUUUGCUGGAGCCUUUGGAACUCCAGGACUCCUUUGAUCUUGCAUCCCAAACUCUGUCUUCAGACAAUUUGAAAAAACCUUUACUGGAAAGGAGAAAGGAGAGGGAAAUGUGGAACGGGAAGGAACCGCAGCUUCUGUUUUAGGUGCCGCACCUAACGUCCUCUGGAAAUAAGACUUUUUCCAUCCCCAAAACGUGGAGCUUCUGAAGAAUACAAGAAGAGCCCUGCUGAAUUGGACCAGUGAUCUGUUCAGUCCAGCAUCCUGUCUUAGGCUGAUGCAUUCACCCCUGUGCGUGUCCAGCCUUCCUCUGCAGUUGCCUCCUAGCUCUGGCAGUCAGUCUCUGAAUGGGAAAAUCAAAAAGAGUCCAGUAGC